AUGCCAAAAACAAAGAAAUCGCACAGAGCCAACAGAAACAGUCAUAUAGAAGUUUCAAAAGCAAUAGACACAGGCUCUUCAGCAAAACUCAAAAAGAAAAUCAGAGAUAUUGAAAGACUUCUAAGCAAAAAUGAUAAACUACCAGCAGACAAGAAAAUUGAAUAUGAAAGAGCACUCAAAGGUCUUAAAGUAGAACUACAAAACUCACAAAAUGUGCUCAAGGCCAAAAACAAUGCCACCAAGUACCACAUGGUUCGUUUUUUUGAAAAAAAGAAAGCUAUAAGGAAAUUAAAGCAAUUGCGUAAAGCUUAUGAAGAUGUACAAAAGACCGAAGUACGAAAAGAUAUUAAAAAAGCAAGAAAGCAGUUGAAGCAUGGAGAAAUUGAUUUGGUGUAUGUUAUGCUUUUCCCCAAAUCAGAAAAGUAUAUUUCGUUGUACCCUAGUGCCAAUGAUGAAGAUUUAUCUGAUCCUAAUGUCAAAAUUGGAUUACGCAAGACAGAAGCAAGGAGAUUGGAGUUUAGAAAAGAGGUUGAAAAAAUGAUGGAGGAAGGUAAAGUACCGUUUACAGUUGAUGAUAUAAUGAGUGGUAAGAAAGUCAAAACUGAUGUUGGCGCUGUUAGGGUUGCACCAACUGCAGAAAUUGAUGCACCAGAACAAAAGGACCUGGAACCACAAGAAGAUGAUUUCUUUGAGUAA